AUAGGGAAAAAGCGCAAAAAUGGAAUUUGGGUGAUGUUUGUCCUAGGAUCAAGGAUAUAUUACACAAAAAUCAAGUUGCAGCUGCUGAAUAUAUUCCUAGGAAAUCUAAUCACUGGAGCUAUGAAAUUUUAGGAGCUACAGUUAUGGACAACUGGGCAGUUGACUUGGAGAAAAGAACUUGUAGUUGUAGAAAAUGGAGUCUCACUGGAAUCCCUUGCAAGCAUGCUAUUGCGGCAAUUUGGGCUAAGAAGGAUAAUAUUAUUGACUAUGUUCAUGAUUGUUAUAAGGUAGAAAUAUACAGAAAAAUUUAUGAGAAUUCAAUUCUACCAAUGAAUGGGCCACAAAUGUGGCCUAAGUCGAGUAAAGUUCCUCCUUUACCUCCAAGGAUUACAAGAAAAAAGAAGAAAGGAAGAAAACAGACAUUGCGAAGAAAGGAACAGGAUGAAGUUGGAGCAAGUCGAACAAAGAUGAAACGAAAACAAAAAUCACUGGAUUGUAGUAAAUGUCACAAGCCUGGCCACAACAUAAGGACUUGCAAAUACAUUGUACCACCAGAAACUACCUCUUCAGUUCGUCAGAAGCUACAUGUUAGAAGAAGAUGUGAUGAAGAGGGACAAGAAGCAAUGGAACAUGAGCAAAUGCGACAACAAGAAGUAGAAAUUGGACCAGAUUUUAUUUGGGAAAAUUCUCAAUAUACUCAACAAAAUGGACCUACAUUUUGAAGCUAUAACGUUUUUUUGGGUGGAUAAAAUGGUUCGUUCUUUGUGUACACUUGCGGGUGCAUUUAUGCUAUUUUUCUAGUUGACGUUUGGUGCUCUUUUUUUGACUUUCAAGUGAGCUUAUGAUGUCUUUCUGGUGCUGUGAUUUAUUAUGUUCUUUGCUGAUAUUUUAAACUUGUGCAGGAAUUUUGAUGUUGUUAUUGCUGGUUUUGUAAGUUGCUGCUGGAAUUUUUUUGCUGUCCUAGUUGAUUUGUGAAGCUGGUGCUGGAAUUUUGCUGCUGUCUUAGCUGUAAAAAGGCUGUUUUUUGCUGAUUUUUUUGGCUGAUGCUGAAAACUGUCAUUAGUUGUUUUUACUGGUUUUUUGAGCUGAUAAACUAGCUACUGUAAUGAAAAAAAUGUUGCUGGAAUUGUUUUGUCAUUGGAAUUAAAAGCUGAAAUCUUAUUUGUUCGAAGUAUUAAUUUUUUGAUG